AUGUUGUUAUUAAUCUCUACCUUAAUGUUUGUUGUAACGAAUGAGAUUAAUAGUGUAAAGUGUGAAGAAUAUGCUAAGAUGUCCAUCUUGAAUACGGACCCACCUGACUGUCAUUUUCUUUGUGAACUAUGUACUUCAACAGUAAAUGCUACUAAAUACAUACUGGAUAAUGAACCAUUUAUACCGAAAAUACUUAAGAAUUUUAUGCCAAUUUGUUAUAUGUUACCAAAGUUACAAUAUCGAAAAAUUUGUUAUCAUCUUGUAGACGGUGGUGCAGUUGAUAUAAUUCAUGAAUUGGUGAAUAAAAUUAAUGAAAAUAACUUUUGUUUUCAUAUUGGAUUAUGUCAUAAUACAAUUCCAUGCCCAAGCUUUCAAAAGACAAUGACCUAUAAUGACUUGUCUACUUAG